AUGAGCGGUAAACCACUACCUUCCACAACAAAAGAUGAGAUCGCCACACGACCACCCUUCUCCUCACUGCCGUUGCGUCCAGGAGAUCCGCCAUUCUCAGCCUGGGGUCUCUACGGGCCGGAUGAUGAACUAGGGACACUCAACCUGCUGACCGACGCACGCACCAUCAGCGCGGCUGCGGAGAUCAAGACAGGCAAGCGAGUCGGGUUGAAUCUGCCUCUGGACAUACCGUCGCCACCGUCACACAACCGAAUGGGAUUCAACCACCAGAUCAUCCACAAGCACCCGCGCAAUGUGCACGACGAUAUCAUUGAGAUGAACACGCAGUGCUCGACGCAGUGGGAUGGCUUCCGACACUACGGGUACCAGAAGGAAAACAUCUGCUACAACGGCGUGACCAUCCCGGAGAUAUCGGGUCCCGAUGCGGGCUUGAAGUUGGGCCUGGGCCUCUGGUGUAAGCAGGGAAUCGCCGGUCGGGGGGUGCUGUUGGACUACCUCCGGUACGCGACGGCCAACAACAUUGAGUAUGGCCUUCUCGAGAACCAUGAGAUCUCGCUGGCCGAGCUCCAGGCGUGCGCCGCAUUUCAACACACCACCUUCCGAGAAGGAGACAUUCUCAUCAUCCGGUCGGGCUGGACCAAGGCCUACAGCGCGCUCGACGCAGCCGGACGCAAGGACUGGGCCAUGCGCACGCCGCCUCGGCUGGGAGGUGUGGCAACUACCAAGGAGGUGGCGGAAUGGCUGUGGAACACUGGCUUCAGUGCCGUGGCCAGCGACGGCGUGGCCUUUGAAAGUCUCCCAUUCAAGCCGGAGGGGGAGCCGGGGGGCCUGGAGCGCGUCAGCCUUCACGAAGUCUUGCUGGGAGGCUGGGGAAUGCCCAUAGGUGAAAUGUGGAACCUCGAAGACCUGGGCGAUGAGUGUGCUCGACAGGGCCGGUAUUCGUUCUUCCUGACUAGUAUGCCUUUGAACAUCCCCACGGGCAUUGCUGGACCUGCAAAUGUCCUUGCAAUCUUCUAG